UAUCUUCUGUUCGCGCUUCAUGUGGGUGUGAGUACACCGUAGCUUCUUGACGAACAUCUUUUCCGCAUUCAAAAGCAAGCCCUCAAGAGCGCGCGGGGACCCAGAGAACAUUUCGCUCGCAGUGGAAUUACAAUUUAACUGCAGUGGACAAGAGAAGAAUUCGUCCACAACCAAGUCGUCUCUAGAAUACGUUCAUUCUAUAUUUCGAGACUACCGGUAUACGUUUUCCUACAAACAGACCUCUGACUGUGACAGCUCCAGUGGGUGGAGCUACAUUGGGCCCCUCUCUCUACCCGCUCAGCACUGAUGGGACAGAAUCCUGAAUCCUUGACGACCCCUCUUUCCUUCUCCGCCCUCCCAGGCUCCACCCUCUUUCUCCUCCUCUCCUCUUUCCUUAGACUCUCCUCCUCCCCCGGUCUCUUCUCUCAGCGCUGGGAUCAUUACUCAACCCCACUGAAGAAUGGACCACAGUAGCUGGCAAGGAUGAACUGGGUCUGCCUGCCAAUGCAGAAAGGGAGAUAAGAGGGAGAAAGAGAGAGCGAAAGAAAGAAAAGCGAGCGAGAGAAAGUUCAAAACCUGUGAGUGAAAGAAGAGAGGAACAUAUUAAAAAUGCCCAUGAGGGAUAACAUCGACAACUGCACUUGAGUAGUAUGAGCUAGAGAUCCUCAGCAAACCUGCCCACCUGGACGUGUGGAUCUGUAGACACACACACACACACACACACACACACACACGUCUGUCUCAGUCACAGCAGAAGACGGCUCCUACCCUGCCCUACACUGUGGGGUGGUGUUUUCAGCGUUAUUCCCUGCCUACCAUACCUGUGUGAGGAGUGGUGGAGAGGAAAUUCAGCAACUCUUAGAGGACAGUGGAAGCUGACAAAAAUGCUUCUAUGUUAAAACCAGCAGCCCGUAACCUUUUAUCAGGGUUUUAGUAGUGAACAGGUCACCACCACCAUGCCGGCUAAAGGGAAGUACCUGUUAAAUGACCAGGAGCUGAAACAUGAGGCCCUGUACAGGAAGUUCUCCUGUAUCAGCCAGUACCAGACUCUGGUGCUGCUACUAGGCCUCUCCAUGCUGUUCUGUGGAGUCCUCAUCAUCCUCUUCUUCGCCCUGCACCUGAGUGCGGAGGAGCACUGUGCAUUUGUCAGCGUGGUGAGCUGCAGCCUGUGUGUGUUCCUGGCUGUGUUUGUGCUGGUGUGUACAGAGACCCUGACCCAGCGCUGGAGGAGACUGCUGGGUCUGGUGGUCUGGGCCACUCACCUCACCAUGGGAUUCACCUUCAUCUUCAGCGGACCCCUCAUCCUGCCCUGGGACCAGGUUCCCUUCUUCCUGUUCAUCAUCUUCACAGUGUACACCAUGCUGCCUUUCCAGAUGUGUUAUGCUGUGGUGCUCAGUGUGAUCUCCUCACUCUCUCACAUCAUGGUCCUCACUCUACGCCUCACUGUCUUCAACACCCAAGAUCCCAGCCCCUUUCUUGCCAAUCAGCUGCUGUCCAAUGCGGUGGUGUUUCUGUGUGGCAGUGUGGUGGGGGCCUUCCAUAAGGUCCUGAUGGAGAGAGCACUAAGACAGACCUUCCAGGAUACACUCAGAUGUCUGGGCAUCCGCAUGAAGCUGGAGAUAGAAAAGAGACAACAGGAGAACCUGCUGCAGUCUGUGCUGCCGGUCUACAUCUCCAUGAAGAUGAAGCUGGCCAUCAUGGAGCGUCUGCAAGACUGCAAGGACAAAGAAGAGCAGCAACGACUCGUCAAAGACAACAACUUCCACAGUCUCUACGUCAAGAGACACGAGAACGUCAGUAUUCUGUAUGCUGACAUUGUGGGCUUCACCCGAUUGGCCAGCGACUGCUCUCCGAAGGAGCUGGUCAUCAUGCUCAAUGAGCUGUUUGGGAAGUUUGACCAGAUUGCAAAGGAGAACGAGUGCAUGAGAAUCAAGAUUUUGGGAGACUGCUACUACUGUGUGUCUGGCCUGCCUGUCUCCCUGCCCAUGCAUGCCAAGAACUGUGUGAAGAUGGGUCUGGACAUGUGUGAGGCCAUCAAACGAGUGCGCGAGGCCACAGGUGUGGACAUCAACAUGAGAGUGGGCGUGCACUCCGGCAACGUGCUCUGCGGUGUGAUUGGCCUCCGCAAGUGGCAGUUUGACGUUUGGUCACAUGACGUCACCCUGGCCAAUUAUAUGGAGUCUGGAGGCUUACCUGGGCGUGUCCACAUCACUGAGGCCACCCUGAAGCACCUGAACAAGGCCUAUGAGGUGGAGGAGGGGAACGGUGGGCUAAGAGAUGCCUACCUGAAGGAACUCAACAUACAGACAUACCUUGUCAUCGAUCCUCGGUCUAAGAACCAGGCUCUGAACAGCCACAGCAUGCCCAAGCCGCGUGUGAAUGACGGACUGAAGAUGCGGGCGUCAGUGAGAAUGACCCGUUACCUGGAGUCCUGGGGCGCCGUCAAACCCUUCGCCCACCUACAGAGCAGAGAGGGGUACACCCAAGACACCAUGGUCAAUGGAAAAUCACGCUGCAAGGACAUCCCUCUGCGCACAACUCACUCGAAGAUCACUGAGAGCUUUGAUGAGUCUGUAGAGGAGCCCUUCUCCUCGCCCGCCCCUCCGCUCAGCACCUAUAAGAACAAGUCCCAGAAGAGCAAGUUUGAUGAGGAGCUGCACAAUGAGAUGACCACCACCAUCGAUGAGCUCAGCAGCAAGCAGUGGGUGAAGUCUGAGGAGACUAGCAGUCUGGCUGUGUGGUUCCCUAAGAAAGAGCUGGAGAAACAGUACCGAGCCAUUGAUCUGCCCAUGUUCAAGCACUACAUCGGCUGUGCCACCUUCAUCUUCUUCUGCAUCUUUGUGGUUCAGAUGUUUGUGACAAAAGAUUCCAAAAUGUUGGGAAUGUCGUUUGGAGUGCUGGCCUGUGUCCUCCUGUUGACCCUGGGCAUCUGUUUCGCAGGUCACCUGCAGCGCUUGUUUCCGGAGAAGUUGUCAUCCUGCCAGUGGCUGCCUGCUGUGUCCGAUGCAGUGGUCAAGAGGCCGUGUGUGCGCCUCCCUCUGGUCACUAUCACCACUGCGGUCAUCAUCAUCCUAGCAGUCUUCAACCUGUGCUUCAUCCAGAUAAAGUCACCGUGUGAUAUCAAUGGUAACCCUGAUCUGAUUCCAUCUGACAACUCCAGUGAGCAGCAUCCAGGCAGCCUGUUCUACCUGCCGUACUCUGUGUUCAGCUGUAUCCUGGCUCUCAUAGCUUGUGGAGUGUUCCUGAGGGGGAGCUUUGAGCUUAAUGUGGUCUUCCUCACCCUGGCCUCCACAGCCUACUACAUCAUCAUCCUCAGCGCCAAGGCUGGUCUCUUCAGCUGCUAUGGACAAAUGCUUUACAACCAACUCAAUGAAAACAGAACUGAGGACUCUGGGACCAUCCUAAGAGCAUUGGGGCUGGUCAAACACCCUGAGGUGAUGAGCUGCAUAUACAUCACCUUGUUCCUGGUCACCAUGCUCAUCAUCUCACAACAGAAUGAGUCAUGCUUCCGUCAGGACUUCCUUCUGAAGAACAAGAACCGUACGGAGCAGGAUGAGAUUGAGACCAGGGAGAACCUGAACCGCCUGCUCCUGGAGAACGUGCUGCCGGCCCAUGUGGCUGCGCUGUUUGUUGGGGAGAAUAAAAAGAACGAGGACCUGUACUACAAGUCAUAUGACUGUGUGUGUGUGAUGUUCGCCUCGGUACCGGACUUCAAAGAGUUCUACACGGAGUGUGACAUCAACAAGGAAGGUCUGGAGUGUCUGAGGCUCCUCAAUGAGAUCAUAGCAGACUUUGAUGAGCUGCUGUCCAAGCCCAAAUUCAGUGGAGUUGAGAAGAUCAAGACCAUCGGAAGCACUUAUAUGUCAGCCGCAGGGCUGAGUGGCACCCCAGGACAGGAGAAUAACCAGGACCGAGAUAGGCAGCAGGCACAGAUGGGGAACAUGGUAGAGUUUGCCAUUGCCCUCAUUGGCAAGCUGGAUGGCAUCAACAGACACUCCUUCAACAGUUUUAGACUGCGUGUGGGCAUUAACCAUGGGCCUGUUAUUGCUGGGGUGAUUGGAGCCAGAAAACCUCAGUAUGACAUCUGGGGCAACACCGUAAACGUGGCCAGUAGGAUGGAGAGCACUGGAGAGCUGGGCAAGAUUCAGGUUACAGAGGAGACGUCGGACGUGCUCCAGAAGCUGGGCUACUCCUGCGAGUGCCGAGGCCUCAUCAACGUCAAGGGAAAAGGCGAGCUAACAACCUUCUUUGUGUGUACGGACAUGAGCAAGCAGCAGGGAAUGGGCCUGAGCUGAGGUCUACGGUGAGCACACUACUGUGUGUGGACUCUGGGCCUGGUUGCUUAUACGUGUGCUGGGUCAGUUACAGGACACAGUCUAGCAUUCAGCACAGACUAAUUACAUGAACGCACAUAAGUCAACAUGCUUAGAGUAAACCUACCGGAACACACAAAUAUAAUCCAUCUCAGUGCUUCAGUCAGCAAUCAUCCUGACCGGACCAGAUCAAGACUUGAAGACGUGGUCCUAGAGGUUAUAUUUUGGAUUAUUCCUGUUUCCAGGAAUCCCUUUGGGAGAUUCUUCAUUGGAAAUAAAUGCUUAGUGCUGCUGAUUUUUUUUUUUUUGAGAUCCAGUUCUAAUGUAUGCAUUCAAUUAGACUGACAUGGAGGUUACGUCAAGCACUGGUUGUCGUCAUACUGGAUUCUAUCACCUAAUACUCCUAGAACUUUGCUGGAAUCAUGAGAUACAUCUUCAGUCUGCUCAAAACUGAGCUGUUUAUCAAGCAAAUGGUGACUAAAACAAUGGAGUGAGUGCUGCUGCAUGUGGAGUGACAGUGUACAGUACAUACUCGCUGCCAUAGUUUUCUAGACCUUAAAAAAGGUAGACUAAGCAAAAUUACAUUGUCAUGAGCUGCAAGACUUGUGCACUGGUUCCCUUCACGCUGUUAUAGCAUGGUAGUAACAGAACCAAAACAGUGGAGAAGUUUAAACUUGCGCUUUAACGCGCAGUUGUGGAAAUUGACCCACUAUGCUGUUUACUUUGGGCAUCUACAUCAUAUCGCUGAGUCUACCUUUAACAGUUUGUUUAGUGAACAGUCACCCUCUAAUAAUUUCUUAUUUUUGUGUUUGGUUUGUACCACCAUGGGACUAAAUGUAAAUAUCAAAGCCAAAUAUCCUGCCUACUGAAACAGCUGAGACCGAUGGACAGUUUAUAUGGUAUGAUGUCUUUCAAAAAUAAAUGACAAAUAAGUGCUAUGCACAGUAAAACAUU